GUAAUGACGUGGCAGAGCAGGUGACACGAAUGUGGGUUUGGUUAUUCAGUAUUUUGUUUGUAAUACUAUGCGUUUUGACAAUCUGCAUUUAUAACGAAGGAAGUCCAUGGACGGUUGAGAUAACAGCUUCAAGAUGUUUAAAUCGCCUGGUUACCACUCACGAAGCGAAGGCGCAUCUGUGAUGUUAUUUUUUUAAGCCAGGAUGGAUGGUUCCAGAAGAUUGCCAUCUCCCCGCGGUUAACAUCCGUGCACUUGUAAACACCGCAGGUCGCCGCUUGCCCCGAGUGUCCGACAAGCCAGCCGUCCGCCCGCCCGCUCCUGAGGGCGUCAACACGCUCUAUGGAUUUUUGAGGCGCAGGGUUGCGGUGUUAAUUGUUGUGAGAGCAGCGGUGCGGUUAAUGCAGCCGGGAAUUGGCCGUACCCAGUGACGUGCGCCUCCUCACUGCAGUCAGCUGAUUGGGAAAGGACUGAGCGCGGUUGCAGGCACCAUGGCACCGAUCGGGUUGAAGGCGGUGGUCGGAGAGAAAAUUAUGAAUGAUGUCAUCAAGAAGGUGAAGAAGAAGGGAGAAUGGAAGGUGCUGGUGGUGGACCAACUCAGCAUGAGAAUGCUGUCUUCCUGCUGCAAGAUGACUGAUAUCAUGACAGAGGGUAUCACAAUUGUUGAGGACAUCAAUAAACGCAGAGAACCCCUGCCCAGUUUGGAAGCAGUUUAUCUCAUCACUCCGUCAGAGGAGUCUGUGCGUGCACUGAUCAGUGACUUUAAGGAUGCUCCCUCGUCCAAAUACAGGGCUGCGCACGUCUUCUUUACAGACUCAUGUGCUGACCCAUUGUUUAAUGAGUUGGUGAAGUCCCGAGCAUCGAAGGUUAUCAAAACUCUCACUGAAAUCAACAUCGCUUUUCUUCCGUAUGAAUCACAGGUUUACUCAUUGGAUGUACCAGAUGCAUUCCAGAGUUUCUACAGUCCUCAUAAGACGCAGUUACGAAACCCUCUGAUGGAGCGAUUGGCCGAGCAAAUUGCAACCCUCUGUGCCACACUGAAAGAAUAUCCUGCAGUCAGAUACAGGGGAGAUUACAAAGAAAAUGCCAUGCUUGCACAACUGGUUCAAGACAAACUUGAUGCUUACAAAGCUGACGAUCCAACAAUGGGGGAGGGUCCUGAUAAAGCCCGGUCACAACUGUUGAUAAUAGAUCGUGGAUUUGACCCAGCAUCUCCAGUUCUCCACGAGCUGACGUUCCAGGCCAUGGCCUACGAUUUGCUGCCGGUUGAAAAUGAUGUUUACAAGUAUGAAACAAGUGGGAUUGGUGAAAACCGGGUCAAGGAGGUGCUCUUGGAUGAGGAUGAUGAUCUCUGGAUCACUCUCCGUCAUAAGCACAUUGCAGAGGUGUCUCAGGAAGUGACGCGGUCAUUGAAAGAUUUUUCUUCAAGCAAGAGAAUGGCAACUGGAGAAAAGACAACCAUGAGGGAUUUGUCACAGAUGCUGAAGAAGAUGCCACAGUAUCAGAAGGAGCUCAGUAAGUAUUCCACACAUCUUCACCUUGCUGAGGACUGUAUGAAACACUACCAGGGCACUGUGGAUAAACUAUGUCGAGUUGAGCAGGAUUUGGCCAUGGGGACAGAUGCUGAAGGAGAGAAGAUCAAAGAUCCAAUGCGUGCUAUUGUUCCCAUACUGCUGGAUAACAAUGUUUCCACUUACGAUAAAAUUCGCAUCAUCCUUCUCUACAUUUUUCUUAAGAACGGAAUCACGGAGGAGAACCUGAACAAACUGAUUCAGCACGCCCAGAUUCCACCUGAGGACAGUGAAAUCAUCAACAACAUGGCUCAUCUUGGCAUCCCCAUCGUCACCGAUUCAACUUUGCGCCGUAGGAACAAGCCAGAACGCAAAGAGAGGAUCAGUGAACAGACUUAUCAACUGUCUCGAUGGACACCCCUCAUCAAGGACAUCAUGGAGGAUGCCAUCGAUGACAAGUUGGACACUAAACACUACCCGUAUAUCUCCGCCCGUUCCACUGCCUCAUUCAGUGCCACUGCUGUCAGUGCUCGAUAUGGUCACUGGCAUAAGAAUAAAACUCCAGGAGAGUACAGAACAGGACCCCGGCUCAUCAUCUUCAUUAUUGGAGGAACUUCGUGCUCGGAGAUGCGGUGUGCUUAUGAGGUGACACAGGCCAAUGGCAAGUGGGAAGUGCUAAUAGGUUCUACCAACACUAUAACUCCAACAAAGUUUCUCAUGGACUUGAGGCACCCGGACUUCAGGGAGUCCUCUAGGGUUACCUUUGAGGAUCAGGCUCCUAAACAGGAGUGAAAAUUGCCAAUGAAAAGGUCGACACAUGUCCUCACUCCCCAGAAGUUACUAAACUCACUAAAGAAAAUGAAUAAGCCAGAUGAAGAAGCUAGCAGUUAAGAGUGAAGCUGUACAUCAAGGCGUUCCCACACUCUGAUUCCCAAAUGUUCCCUUCCCACUGAGGAGAAUAUUACUGUCUGUGAAGUUUUGGUGUUGCAUCUUUGUAAUUCAACAUGUAUGUAUUGAGCUAAAAAAUAAGGCUAGUGAAUUUAAUUAAAUCUGUUUAACAAUGGAUGCAACAUUUUGAAACAAAAAGCUACAUUAAACUGUAAUUACCAAAUCUUAUAAGGAUGCUCUGAGUACUGCUAGGAUGUGACAAUGGUAGAAUUCUGUUUGUUUAUUUUGUGUACGUUUUCAUCAGUGGAGGAACAAACUGCAUGUACUUAUUCGUUAAUAAGCAAAUAGCGAUUCCAGUGUAAGCAGACAUAGAAUUGGUUGGACUGUUUCUCAUUCAUAGUCUUCAACCAGUCAACACAAGACUGAUCUUUAACACAAUCCAAAGUUAUCUUCUGUGGUCUCUGUAUCUCAGAGCCAGAUUCAGCUUUAACCCAAUUCACUUGGGACCAAGAUUUGUUGAAAUCAGCCUGGUGUGAGAUUAUUGAGAGACCUAUCAGAAGAAGGUGACAUUUGGAUGAAAAUUCCUGAACAUGCCUCCACGAAUUUUCAAACGGAAGUAUUCUCAUCUUUUCUGUGUAGUGUCAAAGUCAUGCUUGCAAAAAGAGCCAAUGUUAUUUCAGUAUUGUAUUUAGCAAAAUGCCAUUUGAUUGAGUAGUAUCAAGGUGAACAUAAUGCACUGAGAUGUAUAGUGGGUGUACGUCAUUUCUUUCUGUAUUGUCCCCUGGUGACAACGUGAAGUAGCGCCUUUAAUUUAUGAGUGUCUCUGCCCUGUGUCUGUCGUUGUGUGAAGCAGGUUUGUGGUUUCUGAGGAGAUUUUCCCGCUGGGCAUUGCUAUAUCUUCCAUUUGUUGAAAGGGAUAUUUACCUUCUGGUCUCUGCUUGUUUAUUUUGUAAGCAAAGGCUGUGUGAUGCACUGACUGCUUGUGAUGCAGAAAGCUUCCUUUGCCAUUGUAUAUGAUCUCUGUGUCGUCAUAUUUAUAUUUAUCUGAGAGUUUAGUCUGCCUUGAUCCCACGUUCCUUUAAAAUUUAAUCAGAUUCUUACUUCGGUGUGUUUAAGCACAAAUUGUACUUUGUGGUACUGAUACUGAACGGACAAAUAAAUUGAAUCUGAUGAGUUUGCUUGUAGAA